AUGUGCGCGGCCAGUCAUGUGACUUUCUUCUUCCAUAGGAAGCGCUCUAAGCACACAGAGGAGAUGGGGACUGUGCUGGACAUCAAGAUCAAGAGGGCUAAUAAAGUCUACAGGGAGGGGGAAGUCUUAUCAGGAGUAGUGGUGGUGAUGAGUAAGGACACGGUUCAGCAUCAAGGUAUCACUCUGACAAUGGAAGGGUCUGUUAAUCUGCAGCUUAGUGCAAAGAGUGUUGGUGUUUUUGAGGCCUUCUACAAUUCAGUGAAGCCAAUUCAAAUCAUCACCAGCACUAUAGAGAUGGUGAAGCCGGGAAAACUUCCUAAUGGUAAAACAGAAAUUCCUUUUGAAUUCCCCCUCGUCAUGAAGAGCAAUAAGGUCCUGUAUGAGACGUACCACGGAGUGUUUGUCAACAUCCAGUAUACCCUCCGCUGUGAUAUGAAGCGAUCUCUGCUGGCCAAAGACUUGACAAAAACGUGUGAGUUUAUCAUCCACUCACAGCCUCAGAAGACGAAGCUGACCCCAAGUCCAGUGGACUUCACAAUCACACCUGAAACAUUACAGAACGUUAAAGAGAGGGCUUCUUUACCGAGAUUUCUCAUCAGAGGUCACCUGGACUCCACCAACUGCCUCAUCACUCAGCCUCUGACGGGGGAGCUGAUCGUAGAAACAUCAGAGGUGGCCAUCAAGAGUAUUGAGCUUCAGCUGGUACGGGUUGAGACUUGUGGCUGUGCAGAAGGCUAUGCCAGAGAUGCCACAGAGAUCCAAAACAUCCAGAUAGCAGAGGGGGAUGUGUGCAGAGGCCUCUCCAUACCCAUCUACAUGGUAUUCCCCAGACUGUUCACCUGCCCAACCUUGGAAACCACCAACUUCAAAAUAGAAUUUGAGGUGAAUAUAGUCGUCGUUCUCCAGGAUGACCAUCUCAUCACAGAGAACUUUCCACUCAAGUUGUGUCGAGUGUGA